CCGCGCGCCGCCUGGCCCUGCCCGGCACCCGUACCGGCCGCUUUGCGCCCCGGCCUCCCGCGCGGCGGAUCCCGGCAGCGGGGUGGGCCUGCCGCCCGCGGUAAAUCAUCUUUGCCUUGCUUAGCUGCAGUUAACCGUUGAUUCCACUAAGACAGCUAUUCCUCCCAAGGAAUUACAAGAAAAAAUGCUGAGGGGUUUGAAAGGACUUGUCUGCCAUCCUCUAAAGCUGGACCAUGGGUAUGCCCUCCAUACAGCAGCCAAGCGCUUAAGCUCCCCGGUCAGCCAGGAUGUCCAGGCGCCAGCAGAAGCAUCCAGAGCAGUGUUCUACACCAGCCAGAGCGACCCGGCCAGCCAGACAGAACGCCAUGAGGGUCGUCACUACAGCAUUCCGCUCGAGGAGGUGAAGACUGUGUUCCCGCACGGGCUGCCCUACCGGUUCCAGCAGCAGAUUAAGACCUUCAACGAAGCCUGCCUGAUGGUGCGAAAACCAGCUCUGGAACUUUUCACUUACCUGAAAAACUCCAACUUUGCACACCCAGCUGUCAGAUAUGUGAUCUAUGGUGAGAAAGGAACAGGGAAAACCAUGACACUGUGCCACGUGAUUCACUACUGCGCAAGGCAAGGGUGGCUGGUGCUGCACAUCCCCGACGCUCAUCUCUGGGUGAAAAACUGCAAGGAGCUUAUACAGUCUUCCUACAACAAAGAACGGCUUGAUCAGCCUUUGCAAGCAUCUUUCUGGCUCAAGAACUUCAAAACCUCGAACGAGCGCUUCCUGAAGGAGAUAAAAACGACAAAAAAAUAUCUGUGGGGCAAACAAGAAAGCACUGAGGAGGGCAGACCGCUGGGUGAGGUGGUGGAGCAGGGUUUAGCUCGCGUGAGAAAUGCCAGCGAUGCUGUAGGGGUUGUGCUGAAAGAGAUAAAGCAGCAAUGUCAUCUUGGCUCCUUCCACCUUCUUGUGGCAGUGGAUGGCGUCAACGCGCUCUGGGGAAGGACGACAUUGAAGAAGGAAGACAAAAGCCCUGUUUCUCCAGAGGAGCUGACGCUUGUGUACAAUCUACGGAAGAUGAUGAUGAAUAAUUGGAAGGGAGGUGCCAUUGUGACAACCCUCAGCCAGACCGGCUCCCUCUACAAGCCCAGUUCUGCCUAUUUGCCCCAGGAGUUGCUGGGAAAGGAGGGGUUCGAUGCGCUGGACCCCUUCGUCCCCAUCCCGGUGCCCAACUACAGCGCGAAGGAGUUUGAGAGCUGCUACCGCUACUACCUGGACCGCAAGUGGCUGCAGCACGAGAAAGCGCGCACGCCGGACGGGCAGGAGGAGCUGCGGUUCCUGAGCGGCUCCAACCCGCGGCAGCUGGAGCGCCUGGCCGGGCCCCUCUAGCGCAAUAAAGGCCGGCGCGGCCGCUCCCUCCA